AUGGCUGAUUCUUCCCCGGCUCCUGCUACCAAUGGCACCGCUGCGCCCGUCGCGACCUCUCCGCCUGCGGCCUCACCCCCGGGCGUGACUGGCACGUCCGCUCCCCUCGGAAAUGCAGCAGACGAGCCAGAGGCCCUCGAGGCUGCGGAUACCGCGACCGAUACAGAUGACGACAGUUCUUCCGUUGAUGACCGGAUUUCAACGUAUACUGCUUCGCUGACGUCAAGCGCCGUCGACUAUCCCACCGAAUACGGGCGGCGGUACCAUGCGUUCCGUCCAGGAUCAUACUUCAUGCCCAACGAUGAGGACGAAAUGGACCGGCUGGAUCUCUCGCACGCCAUCACGCUCAGGCUGCUUGAAAACAGGCUCUACCUGGCGCCACUCGAGAAGGAAAAGAUACACAAGAUCUUGGACAUUGGAACAGGAACCGGUAUCUGGGCGAUGGAAAUGGGUGAUUUCUUCCCGAACGCAGAAGUAUUGUUCACCCCAGUUUCGUUUCUUGGCAUUGCGUUUACUAAGACAAGGCCAGGUUUACGGAAACGACCUGAGCGCUAUCCAACCAGACUGUUCGAGAUCGAUGAUGUUGAAAGCCGGUGGCUCGAUGACCGGAAGUACGACUUUAUCCUCUGCAGGUACAUGGUUGGCGCAAUUCAAGACUGGCCGAAGCUGGUCAAGAAUAUCUUUGACAAUCUUAACCCAGGCGGCUGGGCCGAGUUCAUGGACGUGAGCGGCGAGUACUACUCGGACGACGGGACAUUGACCGAGGAACAUGCUACGCGCAAGUGGAACAUGACACUCUUGGAUGGUAUCGUGAAAAUGGGCCGCGAGAGUCGUACAGGCCCUAAGCUUGAGGGCUGGGUGCGGGACGCCGGCUUCGAGAACAUGUUCCACAAGAAGAUGAAGUUGCCAAUUGGUCCCUGGCCAAAGAACCAGUACCACAAAGACCUAGGCUGGAUGAACCUAUCGCAGCUCCUGCAAGGUCUGGAAGGCUUUACCAUGAGAGUCUUCACCGGCGUUCUGGACUGGACUGAGGAAGAGGUGCAGGUGCAGCUUGCUCAGGUUCGCAACGAGCUCAAGAACUUUCACAUGUUCCAUUCGCAGUUUGACAUACAUGUCGUCUACGGGCAGAAGCCGUUGGUGGCGGAGACCGAAGAGACUACCGAGACUACCUGA